AUGGGAGUACAGCCUCACAUCCUCCUUGUCACAUUCCCUGCUCAAGGUCACAUAAAUCCAGCCCUUCAAUUUGCCAAACGUUUAGUAGCCAUCGGUGCACAUGUCACCUUUGCUACAAGCAUCGGUGCCGCCCGUCGGAUGUCCAGAACCGGAACUUAUCCUAAAGGCUUGUCUUUUGCUUCCUUUGAUGAUGGUUCCGAACAUGGGUUCAGACCCAGUGAUGAUAUCGACCACUACUUCACCGAGCUCAGGCGUGUUGGCUCAAAAUCUCUGGCUGAACUUAUUGCGGCAAGUUCCCAAAAAGAGCGACCUUUUACUUGCGUGGUUUACUCCAAUCUUAUACCUUGGGUGGCAAAGGUGGCACGGGAACUUCACCUUCCUUCAACACUUCUUUGGAACCAAUCUCCUGCCCUUCUAGACAUCUUCUACUAUUACUUCAAUGGCUAUGGUGAUACCAUUAAGGAGAAUUUCGACGAUCCCUCCUUUUCGUUGAAAUUACCCGGAUUGCCUCCUCUUGGCAGCCGGGAUUUACCCUCAUUUUUCAAUCCUAGAAAUGCACAUACUUUUGCAAUCCCAGUAAAUAGAGAGCAUAUAGAAGUCCUCGAUGAAGAAACCAACCCGAAAGUUCUUGUCAACACCUUUGAUGCAUUGGAGCGUGAGGCUUUGAAUUCAAUAGGGAAGUUUAAGUUGGUUGGGGUUGGCCCUCUGAUUCCAUCAGCCUUUUUGGAUGGUAAAGAUCCUACUGAUACUUCCUUUGGUGGUGAUCUUUUUCAAGGCUCAAAGGACUACAUAGAAUGGCUUAACUCAAAGCCUGAAUCCUCUGUGAUUUAUAUAUCAUUUGGAAGCGUAUCUGUUCUGUCAAAGCCUCAAAAGGAACAAAUGGCGCGUGCUUUGCUGGAUACCAGCCGUCCAUUUUUGUGGGUCAUAAGAACAGAUGGAGGAGAGGAGAAAGAAGAAGAUGUUCUGAGUUGCAGAGAAGAGCUUGAAAAGCAAGGAAAGAUAGUGCCAUGGUGCUCUCAAGUGGAGGUUUUGUCACAUCCAUCAAUAGGCUGUUUCGUGACACACUGCGGUUGGAACUCAACUUUUGAGAGUUUGGCUUCUGGGGUGCCAGUGGUGGCUUUUCCGCAAUGGACUGAUCAAUUGACUAAUGCUAAGAUGGUUGAAGAUGUAUGGAAGACAGGUGUGAGAGUCAACGCUAAUCAAGAAGGGAUAGUUGAAGGCGAGGAGAUAGAUAAAUGCUUGGCGUUGGUCAUGGGAGGUGGAGAACGAGGAAAAGAGCUGAGAAAGAAUGCUAAGAAGUGGAAGGAUUUGGCAAGAGAGAGUUCAAAAGAAGGUGGCUCUUCUUACAAAAAUCUGAAGGCUUUUGUUGAUGAGAUGGGAGGAGUAGCUCCGUCGUUAGAAGUAUGA